CAAACACUCUCCACCCAUUGCGACCGAGCAAACGCCCCCGCGCUCGCCGUCGACGCCGCCACCUCACUCUCUCCGUACGAAUCACACGCCCCGUACCCUGUUACACGCAAGCCCUCGCGCGAGGCUACGCAAACACCAUGGCAGCUCGCAAGCUCCAGCAGGAGAUUGACAAAUGCUUCAAGAAGGUCGCGGAAGGCGUCGCGACCUUCGAGAGCAUAUACGACAAGAUCAUCCAGACGUCGAAUCCUUCCCAGAAAGAGAAGCUGGAAGACCAGCUGAAGAAGGAGAUCAAGAAGCUGCAACGGUCGCGCGACCAGAUCAAGACAUGGGCUGCCAUGAGCGAGAUCAAGGACAAGAAGCCGCUACUGGACCACAGGAAGCUGAUUGAGACACAAAUGGAGAAGUUCAAAGCCGUCGAGAAGGAGAUGAAGACCAAGGCAUAUUCAAAAGAAGGGCUAUCAUUAGCAUCGAAGGUCGAUCCUAAAGACCGUGAACGAAUGGAGAUGGUCGAGUUCCUGCAACACAUGAAUGAAGAGCUGGAGCAGCAAGUCGAGAAGAUCGAGGCUGACGUGGAGACCAUGCACGCAAGCGCGAAGAAGGGCAAGAAGUCGGACACCUCGAAAGCUGAGCGGAUAGCGGAACUUGAAGAAACGGCGGAACGACAUAAGUGGCAUCAAGGCAAGCUGGACUUGCUACAACGAGCGCUAGAGAACAGCAAUGUCGACACUGAGCAGGUCAAGGAGAUCGAGGACAGCAUCAAGUACUACGUCGAGGAGAACCAGAACCCUGACUUCAUGGAGGACGACACAAUAUACGACGACUUCAACCUCGACGAAGAGGAGGCUAUCUACGGCAUGGGCAAUGAGGCAGAUCGUGUCUCGUCGCAAGACACACAAUCGGUAGCAGAGGAGCCUGAAGCCGAAUCACGACCGACGGUAACGAAGGCAAAAUCUGGCGAAGCAGCAGGGGCACGACGGCCUUCGACACAACUCAAGUCACCAUUACCAGUGCUGGCGACAUUACACACGCCCUUACCUGGUGCAUCAAAUACAACAGCAAGCUCCAUGAAGCCAGCACCGAUACCAACGCGAACGCCGGGAGAGCCGCUCAAAUAUGCAUCAGCAGCGGCAGCUGCAGCUGCGAGUGACAAGAACGGAGUAGGAAUAGCGCCUCUACCGCCGCCACCAGGGUUGGCCUCAGGACUAGCUCUAGGACGUUCGAGUGCUACAGCCUCACCAGCAAUCACGAAUGCGCAGCCAGCAUCACGGGCACAGCCACCCACUGAAGCACCAUUGCAGCUGCAACCGGCCAAGUCACCGGCGGCUACAUCAAGUGUACCAGCAACACCUGCUCCAGAGAAGCAAAGCCUAUCACGUGCAGCAUCAACUGAAGAUACCAAGGCUGCAAGCAGGAAGAAGACACCAGCGCCAGAGUCUGCAGAGGAGGAGGACGAGUCGCAAACAACAACGCCACCUCUCACCAACGGUGAAUCACAUGCUGACGACGAAGAUGAGGAGUCGGUCUAUCACCUGCCAUCGAGUUUACAAGAUCUACUCGAUUCCUUCGAGGCUACAAAGAACGACAUUAGCGCGUCUGCGACGAAACCUCCAGACGAGCGAAUGCUGGUAGCAUCAAUGGCGACCGCACCUGACUCCGCCGAUACUGAGGCACCGCGCCACUACCGCCCACAGAACCCAUACCCCUUCACACCCUCGCACUACCCUCAGGAACCGCUGGCGAUAUUCGACGAUCCUCGUCUAUACUCUCGCAUCGAAACAGACGCUCUGUUCUACGCCUUCUACUACCGCCAGAAUACAUACCAGCAGUACCUUGCAGCAAAGGCGCUGAAGUCACAGAGCUGGAGGUUCCACAAACAGUACCAAACUUGGUUCCAACGCCACGAAGAACCGAAGGCAAUAACCGAAGACUAUGAACAGGGAACGUACAGGUUCUUCGAUUACGAGAGUACAUGGAUGAACCGUAGAAAGGCAGAUUUCCGAUUUGCCUACAAGUUCUUGGAAGACGAUCUAUGAUCUCGCUCUUACCCAGUCUUCAGCAGAUUCUGCUAUGGUUACGCUGGUGUCGUUCUGUAUUGAGUAUAGGUAGUUCUGGAAUGGGUUCCAACGUGGAACGUAUUGUUCGCUUCUCA